AUUGUGAGUAAAGCAAAGUGGAAAGGACAGCUGAACAACAGUCAUGCUGGGCACAUUAAUUCUGCUCUGGGUCGGGUUUUGGCUUUUACUCUUCCUAUUCAGGACUAGGAGACCCAAGAACUUCCCCCCUGGUCCUUGGCCUGUACCAAUCUUUGGGAAUCUGCUGCAGCUAAACCUGGCCAAUCCUAUCAAAGACCUGGGCAAGCUGUCAGAGCGCUAUGGGAAGGUUUUCUCUCUGUAUUUUGGGGAAAGACCUGCGGUGGUAUUGAAUGGUCUACAGGCCAUGAAGGAAGCAAUGGUCAUUCGAGCUGUGGAUUUUGCAGGACGACCUCUAGGAAUGAUGGUAACUCAUCUGGGUGACGGAAAAGGUAUUGUUAUGGCUGACUAUAGUCCCAGCUGGAAGGAACACAGACGCUUUGCUCUGAUGACACUGAGGAACUUUGGUCUGGGGAAAAAGUCCUUGGAGGACAGGAUUUUGGAGGAGAUAUCCUACGUCACCACACUCUUGGAAAGAAGUGAUGGGAAAUCCAUAAAUCCUCAGAUUCUGUUCCACAAAGCUGCAUCCAACAUCAUUUGCUCCAUUUUGUUUGGGAACCGAUAUGAGCAUGAUGAUGAAUUUCUACAACGUCUUCUUAAAAUAUUCAGAGAGAUCACUACCAUGGUCAACGGCCCUUGGACUAUGCUCUAUGAUACGCUACCAUUCUUGAAAUACUUUCAAUUGCCUUUUAAGAAGACCUUUGAGAAUAUGGAAAUUCUGAAGAAGAUUGCUGCAGACCAAAUUGCUCAGCACAAGAGCACCCAGGUCCCAGAAGAGCCUCGCGACUUCAUUGACUGCUACCUGGACGAAAUGGAAAAGAGAGGUGAAGGUUUCUCCCUCUUCAAUGAAAGUCAGUUAAUAAUCUUAUGUGUGGAGCUCCACAUUGCUGGAACAGACACCAUCUCCAAUACUCUCCUCACUGCCUACCUGUACCUCACAACUCACCCAGAUGUUCAGGCGAGAUGUCAGCAGGAGAUUGAUGCUGUGCUUGGGGACAGAGCACACGCCUCCUUUGAGGACAGACACAAGAUGCCGUAUGUGCAGGCCAUGAUCCAUGAAGUCCAACGCAUGGCCAACAUUAUACCUCUUAGUGUCUUUCACCGUACCACGAAAGACACACAGCUGAUGGGCUACAACAUUCCCAAGGGCACCCUCAUUAUUCAAAACCUUACAUCUGUACUUUAUGAGGAGAGCCAGUGGAAGUUCCCCCAUGACUUCAACCCCUCAAACUUCCUGAAUGAGCAGGGAGAGUUUGUGAAGCCUGAGGCCUUCAUGCCUUUUUCUGCAGGCCCUCGGAUGUGUCUUGGAGAGGGUCUUGCACGCAUGGAGCUCUUCUUAUUUUUGGUCACUCUGCUGCGUCGCUUCCAGUUUGUCUGGCCUGAAGAUGCUGGGUUGCCUGACUACACCCCUGUUUUUGGGGUAACUGUGUCACCAAAACCAUACAGUAUGGGUGUCAGGCUAAGAUGUCUUCAGACAGAAUGAAGAAACCAGCCUACAGUUAAAUAUUCAUUAUACAGUUAAUCUUCACAAAUGUAUUAUGACUACAAAUGACAAUGCUGUUCCCAAAUGGAGUAAAAGAUAAGUACACUGUGAUUCAAAAAUAUUUCUAUGUCAGUAAACUUAAAUGUACUCUUUUGUGCAAAUGCUAAAUUACCACUAUCAUGAUGCUAGUUGUGCCUGAAAGUGUGAUUUUUAAGGAAAUUAGCAAAUGAAUGAAUGAAUGAAUGAAUGAAUGAGCUUUAUUGGCAAGUAUGUUUACACAUACAAGG